AUGCUUGGAUAUGUAAAAGGUUUGGCUGACUUUUCAAAACCUAAAGAGGUUAACGAGUCUUUACCUAUUCUCCUUGACAACGUUCAGUGUAGUGGCGAAGAACGUUCUCUUGCUGAUUGCAAACACAAUGAAUGGGGAAACCAUGACUGUAUUCAUUCCGAAGUUGUGUCAGUUAAAUGUUUUGACGGUCCAUUUACCAAACAUACAACUGUAACCACGAAUUUACCUUGCGGUGAAAUUAAAGUGAGCCAUUCAAAGAGAAGAAAACGGCAACUUCGGGUAGCUGGUGGCUUUUUGACUAAGAAUGGUAUGAACCCAUGGCAAGUGGGGAUUCAACGAAAGAAACAAGGAUGGAAUCAUUGGUGUGGUGGGACAAUUAUAAAUAAUGAGUGGAUAUUGAGUGCUGCUCAUUGUUUUGAUGAUUUGAAGCGAAAGUACGAUGGCAUGAAUGUAAAAAUUAUUAUUGAGGACAUACGAGUAAUUGUCGGAGACCAUGAUCGUAUUAAACAGGAAGAAUAUGAAAAGAUAUUUUAUAUUGAAUAUAUUGUUAGACACUGGAAUUACAGUGAAUUCGAAAGGAGCUACUCUAACAAUGAUAUAGCGUUACUCAAAAUAAAGUCAUCCAAUGGCAUAAAAUUUAAUGACUAUAUACAACCAGCUUGUUUGCCUGAAGAAUUUACCCUGCUUUCAUCUGAAGCUAAUUGUCAGGUUUCAGGAUGGGGAAAGGUAAAUCAAGUUAGUACACUAUCUGAGAAAUUAAAGACAGCAGAGGUACCGAUAACUCCAUGGCACGACUGUAAUAGAUUCAUUGAUAAAUACCCCAUUGAUUUUAAAAAGGUGAUUUGUGCUGGUGAUAUCAGAGCUGAUGCAUGCCAGGGAGACUCGGGAGGCCCUCUUAUUUGUGAAGUCAACGGUAAAAGCACGGUGAUUGGAAUUACAUCUUGGGGUAUAGGUUGUAGUCAAGCAAAAUAUCCUGGUGUCUACACAAAAGUUUCGGAAUAUAUCACAUGGAUAAAUGAUCAGAUUUCAAACCACGGCUUACAAGCAAUAUUUUGUCCAAGACCAUCUCAGAUACAACAUGGCACAUUAUUUCAAGAUGCGACUGAUGGGCUUGCAAAUGAUUAUAAAAGUGUGCUUGAGUACAGCUGUUAUAGGGGAUACUAUCUGAAUGGAAAUACACAACUACAAACAGUAACAAGAACGUGUCAAUCAGACGGAAAAUGGAGCGGAAAAGAACCAUCUUGUGAAGAAGCUAAGUGUUCGCUUGCUGACCACUCGAGCAACCCAAGCACUCGUUACUAUAAUUUGGAUUUAAAGGCACCAGUUGUAUCUAAAACCGAUUCUAUUAAUUCGAAACAUAGAAUUGAGGUGUUCUGUAGCAAACCAGACCAAUACGAACUGUAUAUAAACAUUUCAAAUAUAUACACACAUAAAUUUAAGACGAGAUGCAGGAAAGGACAUUUUAAGAAACGGAACAAGUUUCCAAUUUGUGUAGAAAGAAGAUGUAUUUUUUAUCCAUCAAAGUCACCAGAGGUAUGUUUAGAUAGAGAUGAUGAUGGAAAUUGUGCACGUGAUAAAUUCAGAAUACAAAGUGAGACUUCAAUAAAAGUUAGAUGUAAAACAGGAUACAAAUUGUAUGUGUCAAGCAAUGUGGUUAAAGGUGAAGGGACAGUUACUUGCAGUAAAGGACACUAUCCAACUUUCAGAUGUCCUGCAGUUGCGCCACGUCUCACAAUAUCACCACAGCGUAUCACAAGUCGUGCCGGAGGUACCAUACAGUUACGAUGCACGGGGGCCGGUAGUGGACCUUUUAACAUUGAAUGGUCAAGAAUCGGUGCUCAGAUGAACCCAAGUGCAACAGAACGAGAUGGUGUUUUGGAAAUUCGUCAAGUGACAGCAGCUGAUGCUGGCAGGUACCGAUGCGUUGUCCAAAGCAGUUCCGGAAGUCAAGAUGGAUACGCCCUCGUAGAAAUCGAAGGUAAAGAGUUUUAUUUGAUAUAA